CGCCAGCCAGGAAGUGGCCUAUGCGCGCACCGAACAGUAUUUUUCGUUUAAAGUAGGACUCACCCCGCACAGGCCGAAUGACAACAACAAACCGAAGAGUUUGCCAGUUGUUGUCUUUUGUUCGAGUUUCUUAAAGAAGUAGUUUAAAGUUUUCCAGAAAUGGGUCCCGGAUAAAGGGAAGAUUGUUCCAGAAACGCCGUGGACUACGGGGUUUGGAGUGCGGGGAAGAGGCGCAGCGGCCCGCGGCCGCGAAGGAGCUAAGCAGCCGGUAGCAGCAGAGGGAGUCGCCGGCCAUUGUGUCAGGAACGGACUCCUCACCCCCCCCGAAGGCCCGUCCCCGCCCCUCAUCAUACUUCCUGAUUGUGUUCUGGGAGAGUUCAGACCAGUAUCAUCGCCAAAAUAGCCGGGCCAGGCAGGAAGAGGCACACCUCAGAUCCAGACCACAGCAGCGAUAGUGAUUCCGGCGACGGGCGGCCUGUUAGUGCCAAGUGCCUGAAGAUGGCCAGCAGCGGUGGUACUGGUAUGGCCGGCAGCGAGACAGUGGGCCGUCGCGCUGGGGCUCAGCAGAGAGGAGGCAGGGACGGCAACUCGGACCUGUCCUCCAGCACCAGCAAGAAGAAGCAGAAGGACAGAGCCAAUCAGGAGAGCAGAGAGGCCAAGAAGACAGCAGCAGCAGCCGCCGCAGCAGCAGUGGAAGGGGUCAUUGCAGAAGUCAAGAAAGAUGUGUUUGUGGACUGGAAGCAGAAUGUCAAUGAAGUGACAGUGAGGCUGCGCUGUGGUGAGGGGGUGCAGAGGAUAGAGGACAUCAGCACAACCUUCACGGACACACACUGCCACGUGUGCUUCCCCGAUGGCCGGCAGUGGAGCUGCCAGUUGCAGGAGGAAAUCGAGGCCUCGUGUAGCAGAGUCCAGUACAAGGAGAAGGGAGGUUUCCUGCAUGUCAUCAUGCACAAGAAGAUUCCCUUUCACAUCUGGCCAUCGCUAAAGUCCAACAAGAAGGAGAAGGUGACAGCGCCAACGGAGACAAAAAAUGAAAAGGAACUGGAGAUAAAGCCCGUUGCCUCGGAGUCUUCAGAGAAACCCAAACAACUUCAUCCACAGCCUCCCUCCCCGUCUGCGAACAGCGAGUCAAGGCGCGGUGGUGGCAAAGCCGAGCGCGGCGUCAAGCGCUGUCUUAAAAACAAAGCGGCGAGCGACAAGGCCACUGCGGACUCUGUAGGGGAGAAAGGUGGAGCUGCAGAUGCCUCAGCCAACACCAGCAAGCCUGUGACCGUCACGAUAGGCGAGCAGCAGCCUCAGGAACCCAGUGCAAAGCGAACCGUCGUACGUCCGCCCCUGUCCACGACGGAGGCUACGUCGUCUGCUGACAAUGACACGCACUCGCUCAAGUCGAAUGGUAACACUCCAUACAACACACACGUGCCCGCUGGUCGGAGCCCGCAGACACAAUGCGGGGAUGGAGAUAACAGAGCAGAGAGACUUGGGGGGAAUCAGGAAGAGAAAGCUGUUGUCGCUACUGCCGGCCACACGAACAACACUCAGGUGGCAGGGGAACAAAACCAGUCAUCAGACGGUUCUGAAACAGCAGCACAUGGCAGUGAAAGCCAAGCAGCUUCUCCCGUCAGCACCAGUGACCAUCUCAAACCUGUCGGCUUCAACAGCGAUGAGGACCCUGCUUCUCCUGCGAGGCUGGGAGAUGGAGCAGAGUCGGAGCCUGAGAAAAGGCCUGUCGAGCAGGAAUCGGAGCAGGACAAUCCGAUCUGCCAGCUGCCCGAAUCAAGAGAGACAGUACCAGUGACAACUAUUGGCAUGGCUGCCAAACCAGGCCCGUCACCCGGUGGAGCCCAGCAACAGGGCAGCUGUGACGGAGAGGAGAAGAGGGACCAGUCGAAGGAGGAGCCCUCUCUGGAAAUUAAACAACAAGAAGCCCCAGAGCCGAUGGUUAACUUGCAGUUUGUGAAGAACGAUUCAUACGAGAAGGGCACGGACCUGAUGGUGGUUAAUGUUUACAUGAAGGGGAUCUGCAGGGACACAGCCAGGGUCAUCUUCAGGGAACAGGACUUCACCCUUAUCUUCCAGACAAGUGAUGCUAACUUCCUGCGCCUUCAUUCGGACUGCGGACCAAACACAGUCUUCAAGUGGCAAGUCAAACUUAGGAACCUGAUCCAGCCUGAGCAGUGCAUCUACUCGUUCACUCCGUCCCGCCUGGAUAUCACCCUGAAGAAGAGACACAGCCAGCGCUGGGGGGGUCUGGAGGCCCCCGCAACACAAGGUGCAGUGGGUGGCGCCAAGGUCGCUGUGCCCUCCAGCCCUGCCUGCAUGGAUCAGAGCCAGCCUGGCAGCAGCCAGCACAGCCUCCCUGCCAAGGAGGAGCCCCCGAGGGUGGGGGAGGAGAAACCAAAGGCUCCGAAGGCCUCAUCAAGAGUGGAAGAUGGUGGUCUAGAUACUGUGACUCCCCGCACCGUCUCUGAGCACGUUGCCAUCACCAAGCCAGAGCCCACGGUGACUACACCUAAGCCUACCUGCAUGGUGCAGCCCAUGACUCAUGCGCCUCCUGCCAGCAAUGAGCGGCAUGAGGAAGAGGAGGAGAAGAAGGUGUGCCUGCCUGGGUUUACAGGCCUGGUCAACCUCGGCAACACUUGCUUCAUGAACAGUGUCAUCCAAUCACUGUCCAACACCAGAGAACUCAGGGAUUACUUUCAUGAUCGAGCAUUUGAGGCAGAAAUCAACUGCAGUAAUCCGCUGGGAACAGGAGGCAGGCUCGCCAUUGGCUUUGCCGUGCUGCUCAGGGCCCUUUGGAAAGGAACACACCACGCCUUUCAACCCUCAAAGCUCAAGGCGAUCGUGGCCAGUAAAGCCAGUCAGUUCACAGGUUACGCCCAACACGAUGCCCAGGAGUUCAUGGCUUUCCUGCUGGACGGGCUCCACGAGGACUUGAACCGCAUCCAGAACAAGCCGUACACAGAGACAGUCGACUCUGACGGACGUAUGGAUGAGGUGGUGGCGGAGGAGGCGUGGCAGAGGCACAAGAUGAGGAACGACUCCUUUAUCGUGGACCUCUUCCAAGGCCAGUUCAAAUCGAAGCUGGUUUGCCCUACGUGCUCCAAGGUGUCUAUCACCUUUGACCCCUUCCUCUACCUGCCAGUCCCAUUACCCCAGAAACAAAAGGUGCUCUCAGUGUUCUACUUUGCCAAAGAACCCCAUAAAAAACCCGUCAAGUUUUUGGUCAGUGUGAGCAAGGAGAACUCCAGCACGACUGAAGUGCUCGACUCCAUUUCCAGGAGCGUGAGGGUGAAACCAGAGAACCUGAGACUUGCAGAGGUGGGGAAGAACCGCUUCCAGCGCAUGUUCCUGCCUUCCCAUUCCCUGGACACGGUGUCCUCCUCUGACAUGCUGUUCUGCUUCGAGGUGCUCUCCAAAGAGCUGGCCAAAGAGAGGGUGGUGUUGCUCAGAGUGCAGCAGAAACUCCAGGUCCCAAAUAUCCCCAUCUCAAAGUGUGCCGCCUGCCUGAAGCCUCCGUUGUCGGAUGAAGACAAGCUGAAGCGGUGCACUCGCUGCUAUCGCGUGGGCUACUGCAAUCAAGUAUGUCAGAGGACCCACUGGCCCAAUCACAAGGGUCUGUGUCGACCUAACAUGGAGAACGUGGGCCUGCCCUUCCUGGUCAGCGUGCCGGAGUCUCGACUCUCCUACGUGCGCCUCACUCAGCUACUCGAGGGUUACUCCAGGUUUUCCGUCAACGUGUUCCAGCCUCCAUUCCAGUCGGGCAGGACGUCCCCCGAAACAUCUCAGUGUCGGGCAGACCUCCCCUCGAUGCCGGCAGUCUCCCCGGAGGGCGUUGUCUCCGGGGAUGAGGCUGUGGGUGGCAGCAGUACUGUAGGAGCAGGUGGUGUGGAGCUGGACAGCCAGUCUCCUCUGCCGGAGUCCCAGGUAGACUGUGGCCAGGCCUCAGCCCUCCACCCUGCCGAGGCAGAUUCCCUCUCUUCCUCCCAGACCUCUCUCUCCACCACGCGGACCACAGACUCUGGAUUUUCCGAGCCGGUCUCCGCAACUUCCUGCUGCUCUCUGGACCCUCAUGCUGAAAAAGAGACGUCCUGUGAGAAGGCAGUGCGGCCAGAAGCUGCAGUAACAGGGUAUCAGCAACCGAGUGAGUCAGCAUCGGGUCAUGCCUGUCAGUUCUACAUCUCUCUGCUGGACUCCAACAAAAAGGAGCAGAGGCUGGAUGAGAAAGAGGACAUGCUGGGGGACCUCCCUGAAGACGUGACACUGGAGCUGGUGUGGAAGAACAACGAGCGGCUGAAGGAGUACGUCCUGGUGAGCUCCAAGGAGCUGGAGUACGAGGAGGACCCAGGCUCUCUGAGCGAGACGGCCAGAGCGGGACACUUCACCCUGGAGCAGUGCCUCAACCUCUUCACCAAGCCCGAGGUGCUGGCGCCGGAGGAGGCAUGGUACUGUCCAAAGUGCCAGCAGCACCGCGAGGCCUCCAAGCAGCUGCUGCUGUGGCGUCUGCCCAACGUACUGAUCAUCCAGCUCAAACGCUUCUCCUUCAGGAGCUUCAUCUGGAGGGAUAAGAUCAAUGACAUGGUCGACUUCCCUGUCAGGAAUCUGGAUCUCAGUAAGUUCUGCAUAGGCCAGAAGGACGAGAUGCAACAACCUCCCAUCUAUGAUUUGUAUGCGGUCAUCAACCACUAUGGUGGGAUGAUUGGGGGCCACUACACAGCCUACGCUCGCCUGCCAAGCGACAAGAACAGCCAGCGCAGUGAUGUUGGCUGGCGUCUGUUUGACGACAGCACCGUGACGAUGGUGGAGGAGAGCCAGGUAGUGACGCGCUACGCCUACGUGCUGUUCUACCGACGACGAAACUCCCCCGUGGAGAGGCCACCGCGCUUCCUCCGGCCUGUAGGGGCCGAAUCGCCCACUGCUGCAGGAGCCACUGUCAGCCAGGCCUCUGGCCAGUCACUAUUUGGGACAGAGCUGGAUCCCGAAGGACCCCCUACGCUGAUCCCAGAGGUGCCCGCUGACCUCUUCUCCCACUCUGGAGAGUGCACAGCGCCAUCCUACAGCAACAUGGAGGAGGUGGACUAGUCGCGACAGAGACUAAAGACGCAGCCGGAUCAGAGCCGGUGAUUCCCCCCCCCCAAAUCCUGGGUGGAAGCUACUCCUCAGCUGCACAUACACAUCAGUGCUCAUUCAUGUCCACAGGCGUCUUAAGCAAAUCUGCAGAUCUGGUCUUUGAGGACCCGAUGGCAAAGACCUUCAGACGCACAUAUAGAUGUGUACUCAGUACUAACUAGACCCUCAUCAUCGAUUAUAAUCUCAUUAAUAUAGUUAAUCAAUUAAGACUUAACAAGCUGUAAAUUAAAUUCUAUUCAUUCAGUGCAUAAAGUGACACACAUAGACACUCGGACAGAAGCUUUCAUGCGUCUUAUCACCUCAGAGCAGCCGCAUGUGGCUGCUGCUGAACGAGCUCAUCCUCAGACACUGAUCACAGUGGAACCGAGUGGAAUGUGUCUGCCAGGCGUCGACGCGCCAACGCACCCUGUGAUCUGGUUUCAAGAUGAAAACAUCACUGCUAACACUUUGCCUUUUAAUCUCUGACUACAGCUGUGUGAGAUAAUUGGGCUCAAUUUGGGGAUGUUUGAGUGAAGAUUGUUGUCAUUUGUUUAAGUCCUUCUUCUUUGGUUUGUUGUGGGGUGCUCAGUCAUUUGGAUGAGGAUUGUUGCAAACCGAUGUUAAGAAGAGAAAUGUGUAAUGACCUGCUAUCCUUUUUUUUUUUUUGUAAAUGCAGAGGGCACACAAUGUUUUUUGUUUUUUUAAACUUCAUUUCUUUGUUUUGGCGUGUUCUUGGUUUUCUGUUUUCUUUUUUUUUUUGGUACUUGUUUGGAUAUUCGAUCCUGUGGAUGCAACUGUCAAAAGGCUGCAGUGUAAACUGAAAUGCGCAUGACUGCAUGUUCAUUCAGACUGUAACCCCCGAGCCCCUGUUUAUGUAUCACCUCCAUCUGAAAUGUUGCUAAAUGUCAUUCUUUCUGUUUUUUUGCGUGAGUUGUGCGGUCUCACCCCCUCCCCUCCUUUGUAAUGAAUUGCGUAUCAGGCGGGGGUCAUUAAGAAUGCUACUGUUGAUACAUAUGAAUGGUUAAUAUAAAUAAAAUCAAUUUUGAGUAUUGCUGACAUUCA